CCGCAAUCUAUUUGUCCUUUUUCACUUUCCCAAAAAGAAAGCAACUCGCUUUUACACCGUCCACCGAUUCAUAGAAUCGCCCUCUUGUAAAACAAUGAUAAAGUACAAAUCAAAUCGGCGAGUUCAAAUCGACGCUUCUAACCUCCCCGACUAUGACGAUGAAAAGGACGCCGGAGGACAAAAUAACGACAAUGGUGAAGAGAAGAGAUUAAGAUUGAGACCAUCGGGAAGCAACGUCAGCGAAGAUCAAGAACCGUUUAUGGGCGUUAAGGUUCGAAGAAAAGCCUCCCUUCAUAGAGAUAUUAAAGGAGAUUAUCUAGACGUCCCUUCUCAUUCGUAUUUGAUGAAAAUUUUGCAAAAACAAGGUGAUAGUCAAGUGCUGUUUGCAGAUAAAGUAUUGAAAUUCACAAGUUCAGGGAAGAUGAAACGGCGUAUAUUAUUGAUAACUGAUUUUGCGAUUUAUAUUGUUGACCCUGCGACUGAUGCACUUAAACGGCGAAUAGCAUUGGCCGCUGUUGAGAAGAUGCUAUUAAGUGAAUUAAGUGAUAACUUCUUUGCUGUGAUUGUUCCAACGGAGUAUGAUCUACUUUUGGCUAGUACUCGAAAGACCGAAAUUGUUACUGUCUUAAUUGAAGCUACCAAAACUGCAUCCAAUUAUGAACUUGAUGUGAUUUUCUCCAAUAGCUUUGAGUAUCGUGCAUCUGCUGAAUUGGUAAAGGAAGUGCAAUUUGAGGAAGUUGAAGGUGGUGUUAAAACAAGAAUUGCGAGGAAGUGAGUACAGCUUGUGAAUGCCUUAAUAUGUUUGUACACUUAUGAAGACCACUAGAUCGUGAUGAUCCAUUGCAGAGCGAGGCACUACUCAGCAUCAAGGCCUAUCCCACUUUUGAUUUUUUCUUGUGUAAUUUCUUGUAGUUAGAAAAAAGAAAUGUUAAUCACAUUUUUUUUUUUUUGCAAUACCAAACCAAUAACAUUUGAAUGCGUGAAAUGAGAUCAUUUGGAUGUUCAAGAGUA